AUGCUCAGCGCCGCCCGGGGGCCCACGGGAGCUCGCGCCCCACAGCCCCUGCGCGUCCAGCCCUCUGCGAGGGCCUUGGCUCGCCCCUGCGGGGUCCAACGCCAGCCUGCUGCUGCCAGGCCCCACGCCGGCCAGGAAGUGCUCUUGGAAGGAGCUGAAAAUGUGUGUCUGACAUGCAAGCUCAGUGGGGCAGAGACCCGUGGAUUGCUGUGCCCUGCCCUCCGGACCCGGAUCAUGAAGGUGUUGGGAAGAAGCUUCUUCUGGGUGCUGUUUCCCGUCCUUCCCUGGGCGGUGCAGGCUGUGGAGCACGAGGAGGUGGCGCAGCAUGUGAUCAAACUGCACCGCGGGCGAGGGGUGGCCGCCAUGCAGAGCCGGCAGUGGGUCCGGGACAGCUGCAGGAAGCUCUCAGGGCUUCUCCGCCAGAAGAAUGCGGUUCUGAACAAACUGAAAACUGCAAUUGGAGCAGUGGAGAAAGACAUGGGCCUGUCGGAUGAAGAGAAACUGUUUCAGGUGCACACGUUUGAAAUUUUCCAGAAAGAGCUGAAUGAAAGUGAAAAUUCCGUUUUCCAAGCUGUCUACGGACUGCAGAGAGCCCUGCAGGGGGAUUACAAAGAUGUCGUGAACAUGAAGGAGAGCAGCCGGCAGCGCCUGGAGGCCCUGAGAGAGGCUGCAAUAAAGGAAGAAACAGAAUAUAUGGAACUUCUGGCAGCAGAAAAACAUCAAGUUGAAGCCCUUAAAAAUAUGCAACAUCAAAACCAAAGUUUAUCCAUGCUUGACGAGAUUCUUGAAGAUGUAAGAAAGGCAGCAGAUCGUCUGGAGGAAGAGAUAGAGGAACAUGCUUUUGAUGACAAUAAAUCAGUCAAGGGGGUCAAUUUUGAGGCAGUUCUGAGGGUGGAGGAAGAAGAGGCCAAUUCUAAGCAAAAUAUAACAAAACGAGAAGUGGAGGACGACUUGGGUCUUAGCAUGCUGAUUGACUCCCAGAACAACCAGUAUAUUUUGACCAAGCCCAGAGAUUCAACCAUCCCACGUGCAGAUCACCACUUUAUAAAGGACAUUGUUACCAUAGGAAUGCUGUCCUUGCCUUGUGGCUGGCUAUGUACAGCCAUAGGAUUGCCUACAAUGUUUGGUUAUAUUAUUUGUGGUGUACUUCUGGGACCUUCAGGACUAAAUAGUAUUAAGUCUAUUGUGCAAGUGGAGACAUUAGGAGAAUUUGGGGUGUUUUUUACUCUUUUUCUUGUUGGCUUAGAAUUUUCUCCAGAAAAGCUAAGAAAGGUGUGGAAGAUUUCCUUACAAGGGCCGUGUUACAUGACACUGUUAAUGAUUGCAUUUGGCUUGCUGUGGGGGCAUCUCUUGCGGAUCAAACCCACGCAGAGCGUCUUCAUUUCCACGUGUCUGUCCUUGUCAAGCACACCCCUCGUGUCCAGGUUCCUCAUGGGCAGUGCUCGGGGUGACAAAGAAGGCGACAUUGACUACAGCACCGUGCUCCUCGGCAUGCUGGUGACGCAGGACGUGCAGCUCGGGCUCUUCAUGGCCGUCAUGCCGACUCUCAUACAGGCGGGCGCCAGUGCAUCUUCUAGAACAAGCCAUCGUCAUCAUAGGAGACGACAGCUCUGUGCCGGUUAUUCUAGAACAAGCCAUCGUCAUCAUAGGAGACGACAGCUCUGUGCCGGUUAUUCUAGAACAAGCCGUCGUCGUCGUAGGAGACAACAGCUCUGUGCCGGUUAUUCUAGAACAAGCCGUCGUCGUCGUAGGAGACGACAGCUCUGUGCUGGUUAUUCUAGAACAAGCUGCCGUCGUCGUAGGAGACAACAGCUCUGUGCCGGUUAUUCCACCUGAAGACCUUGCAGUGGGACAGGAUGCGGACGUGGAAGACAGCGACACUGAUGGUCCUGACCCUGUGCGGGUUUAGGCUAAUGUGUGUUUGUGUCUUAGUUUUUAACCAAAAAGUUAAAAAAGUUAAAAGAAAUUAAAAUAGAAAAAAACUUAUAGAAUAAAUAAGAAGAAAGAAAAUAUUUUUUGUACAGCCAUACAGUUUCUGUUUUAAGUGUCAUUACAAAAGAGUCAAAAAGUUUUUAAAAACCUUAAAGUUUAUAAAGUUAAAAAGUUACAGUAAGUUAAGGUUAAUACUGAAGAAAGAAAAAUAUUUUUAAUAAACUCAGCACAGUUGGCCAGGUGUGGUGGCUCACACCUGUAAUCCUAGCCUUUGGGAGGCCAAGGCAGGAGGAUCGCUUGAGUUUAGGAGUUCAAGACCAGCCUGGGCAACAUAGCAAGACCUCAUCUCUACCAAAAAAAAAAAAAUUAGCCAGGCGUGGUGGCGCACAGCCAUAGUCCCAGCUACUCUGGAGGUGAAGGCUGUAGGAUUGCUUGAGCCUGGGAGAUAAAGGCUGCAGUGAGCUGUGAUCAUACCGCUGCUCUCCAGCCUGGACAACACAAUGAGACACUGUCUCGGUUUAGUGUAGCCUGAGUGUACAGCGCCUGUGGCGUCUGCCGUGGUUUACCGUAGUGUCCAAGGCUCUCACAUUCACUCACCCUCACUCCCUGACUCACUCAGAGCAACCUCCAGUCCUGCAAGCGCCCUGUACGGGUGUGCCAUUUUUACCUUUGAUGCUAUACUUUCAGUGUGUAUUUUCUGUGUUUAGAUAUGCAAAUACUUACCAUUGUGUUACAGUUGGCUGCAGUAUUCAGUGCAGUCACGUGCUGUGCAGGUGUGUGGUCCAGGAGCAGGAGGCUGUGCCAGGCGGCCUGGGUGGGUCUGGGUUUGUGUAAAUGCACUCUGGAACGUCUGCACAAUGAUGAAAUUGCCUCAUGAUGCUUCUCAGAAUGUGUCCCCAUUGUGAAGUGACACAUGACUGUGUAAUUGUUGUCUUUUCUCUUCUUUUAUUGAAUACCACAGCAGAUGGUGUUGUAAUUUUUACUGCAGACAUCAAAUACGAUUUUGAAAACUCAGGAGGAAAAGGAUAAUCUAUUCUUCUCAUACCUAUUUUUACCCAUUCUGGUGUUCUUCUUUUCCUUCUGAUGUUCCAAUCUAUCUUCUGUAAUCAUUUCCUCUCUGUGUAGAGAACUUUCUUUGGUCAUUCUUUCAUGGUUAAUCUGCUGGCCACAAAUUCUCUAAGUUUUUCUUCGUCUGGGAAUGGCCUUUGUCCCCGCGUCACUCCGAGGGCAUCUCACAGGAUGUGGAUUUCCAGGUGGUGGCUCUCCUCAUCCAGUGCCUGGGAAGCGCAUGUCCCUGCCCCCAGCUUCUGUGUUCCAGCUAUGAAACCUGCUGCUGUUUAGACUUGUGCUUCUCUCGAAGGAAUGAGGGGUUUCUCUCUGGCAGCUUUCAAGGUUUUUUUCUCUGUCUUUAGUUUUCAGAAAUUGUAUUACCAUACAUCCUGGAGCAGACUUCUCUGGGUUUGUUCUAUUUGGAUUCAGUUGGCUUCUCGCAUCUGUGGGUUUAUGUCUCUUGGCUAACAGGAAGUUUUCAGCCAUUAUUUCCUCACAUCCUUUUUCGGUCCACUUGUUCUCUCCUUCUGCGAUUGCAGAAACUUAGAAAUCUGCUCUUUGGUUAGGGUCCUGCGGGUCUCUGAGGCCUUGACCGUCCUCGGUCCGUUUCUGUGUGUUCAGGCAGAUGAAUUCUGUCUGUCCUCGGGGUCACCGGUUCUGCCCUCUCUCGUCUCCACUCUGCCACUUAGCCCAUCCCCAGAGAUUUUUAUUAUGACUGUAUUUUUUUAGUUGUAUAAUUUCCACUUACUUAUUUUAUGUAGCCUUUAUUUCUUGGCUGAGAUUUUCUAUUUUUUAUUUGUUUACAGAGAGUGUUUGUGGCCUUUUGAAGCGUUUUAAUCAUGGCUGCUUUAACACCCUCAUCAGAUAACUCCAGUAUCCAUUCAUCUCGAUGUGAAGUCUGGCGCUUGUCUUUUCUCCUUCAAGUUGUGAUUUUCCCGAUUCUUAAUAUGAUGAGCGACUUUUUGUUGUAUCCUGGGUGGUUCGUGUGUUUAUUAGGAGGCUUUAAACCAGUGACUCCCCUGGGGAGGGUGGUGUGAGGCCUGGCCAGGGGGUUCUGCUUCCUGCCAGGCCCCCAGCCCCACCCCGGCCCAAACGGCUGACAAGCGCUUCCUCAUGGCAGGCGGUGGGGUGGAAGAAUUUUUUAGUAUUUGCCUUUUGCCAGAUCUUCUGUUACGUCUUCCCUGCUGUCGGUAGCUCAGCCAGGCAGGCAGGAAAGUAGAAGGAAUGAACGGCUGUUUACCUGGGUUUUCCAGAGGUUCAGCCCAGGCUAGAGCCCCAGCUUGGCCAUGCUCUGGCCGUGCAAGCCCUGGCAGCUUUCUGUGAAUUGGGGAGGACGUGGGAACAGUGCCUACCUGGUGGACCGUGGGAAGACUGAAAGAGAAAGCCAGGCAGGGCACUUAGUGCAGCCGCUGGUGGAGGCAGUGGUUAGAGUUCACUCGCUAGAGGGUCCUUGUGAUAAGAGGGUCCUUGUGAUAAGAGGGUCCUUAUGAUAAGAGGGUCCUUAUCAUGGCCAUUUUCCUUUGAUCCAGAUGUCUUUAAAUAUCAGAAAAAUAACGCUUUUAGUCCCAACCGCCACAUCGGAAUCAGUUCUUAUUCCUUCUGGCUACAAUGUCCAACAUAAGUUGAACAACAUAAUUUGGACAACAGAAGGAAGGGUUGUCAUGCUAGCCGGAGAUGACUUCUAGUUAAGAGGUCUGAGCAUUUUCCACGCACAACCAGUUAUUCUCAACGGAGGGCGGACUCUCCAUACGAAACAAGCAGAGCCCUGGCAGAGACUGCAGGGCAUUUGUAAAACUCAAACACCACGUUGAUCUCACUGCCAUGUUCUUUCCAGUUACACGCAGGUCUAACAUGCUGGCAUAAGACACUGUCUUAAUCAGGACACUUUUAAAGCUUUUUUUUUCCUUUUUUCCAAUUCAAAAAAUUAAUGCAGUACAGGUAUUGAUCCCACCGAAAUUGUUCUAAUUCAGUCAUGACACUUCAUGUUUACAAAGAGUUGAUGGCUUGGAAAAAUACUCUGUAAUGCUGUUAAACUUAAGAAACAGAAUCGGGCCGGGCGCAGCGGCUCACGCUGUCAUCCCAGCACUUUGGGAGGCUGAGGCAGGAAGAUGGCUUGAGAGCCGGGGGCGGCGGCUCCCGCCUGUCAUCCCAGCGCUUUGGGAGGCUGAGGGGGGCGGAUCACGAGGUCAGGAGAUCGAGACCGUCCUGGCUAACACGGCGAAACCCCAUCUCUACUAAAAAUACAAAAAAUUAGCCAGGCAUGGUGGCACGUGCCUGUAUUCCCAGCUACUCGGGAGGCUGAGGCAGGAGAAUCACUUGAAUCCAGGAGGCAGAGGUUGCAGUGAGCUGAGAUCACGACACUGCACUCCAGCUUGGGCAACAGAGCAAGACUCUAUCUCAAAAAAAAAAAAACAAAAGAAA